UCUACAAGUAUGUCUUCUGCUAACUGUUAUUCACAAGGUUGAGUUCCUGUCUUUGUGAUGGUCACUGUGAGCAUAUGUAACCAGAUUAGUCAGCAGCAUGUUGAUGUUGAUGUUGAUGUUGAAAGAGGAGCAUUAUAUGGCAGAGGAUACACCAGAGGCAUGAGAAGUCUAGUAACAUGUUUGUCCAAUGACAGUUCUGUCUGUAAAUGUACAAUCAUGUACACCUCUUAUUGUGUUAUCCAAUUUUUUGGGCAAAGCAUGCAUCUCAUCAAACUCAGUAUGACAACACAGUUACCAACCUGCUGUCCUUCCCUCUACAGACAGACCCCCUCACCUCACCUCAAACCUCCUCACAGGUGCCCCAUUCUCCUUACCCCCUCAUUCCCUCUGCCCCCAAUUCCACCAUGCCCAGUAUAUCUGUCUCCCUCUCCCUAAAACCCAUGAGUUCCCUCUCCUCCUUCCUCUCCUCUCUGUCUUCUCUUCCCCACACCGUCAGAGACACUGAGGUCCCCCUUCUCUUCCGUGAGCCCUACAUCCUGUCUGGCUACCGGCCCGUGGGCCAUUCCUGGAGCUUCUACUUCCUCAGCCUCUUCCAGAUACACAAUGAGACAAUCAACGUGUGGAGUCACUUGCUGGCCGGAGUCUGCGUUGCCCUGAGGUUCUCUGUGUUUGCUGUGAUGUGUGGAGGGGGUCUCGUGGGCCUGACCCUGAAUGGACCAGACGGGCUGGGUCUUUACCUGGACCUGGCCUGUCUACCGCUGGUCUACUACGUCCUGUCUCUUCUGACCUACUUGUGCUGCAGCGCUACAGCCCACCUGCUCCAGUCCCACUCCGAGCUGGCCCACUAUGCCCUAUUCUUCCUGGACUAUGUGGGAGUGGCUGUGUACCAGUAUGGCUGUGCCCUGGCUCUAUACUUCUACAGCUCUGAUCCCGCAUGGAGACGCAGUCGAGUAGGAGAGGUGUUCCUCCCUGCAGCAGCUCUCCUGGCUUGGUUGUCCUGUGCCUGCUGCUGCUUUGCCAAACUCAGUUACCGCCACCCGUACCCACUCCAUCGUAAGCUGUGCCAGGUCGUGCCAACCGGUCUGGCGUACCUGCUAGACAGCAGUCCUGUGGCACAUAGACUGGUCAGCAGGACCUGGGGAGACGACCCUGCUAUGACCCUACACGCAAUACAGGUGUUGCUGUUCCUCCUGGCAGCGUUCUUCUUCUCCUGUCCCAUGCCUGAACGUUUCUUUCCUGGGCACUGUGACAUCAUCGGCCACGGGCACCAGCUCUUCCACUUCCUCCUCUCCCUCUGCACGCUGACCCAACAGGAAGCUGUGUUUGAGGACUUUCUGUCCCGGCGGGCGUCCCUGACGAGGGAGUACGGGGAGUGCCACCUACUGGUGGCAGCCGUGUCAUUUCCUGCCCUGGUGUUCUGUAGCGUGCUGACAGCUGUGGUCAUGAAGAGAUUGGUGGAGAGGAGGCUGAGGAAGGAGGACAGUUGGGGGGAGGAGGUAGAGAGAGGAUAGAGAGUGGGAGAAAGAGAGAUCUGGUGUGAGGUAGAACGAAGGGGAAGAGAGGGUAAAAGGGGAAGGAGAGAGAGAUUUGGGGAUUGUAACAUGAAUUCUUAUACAUUAUAAGAACUUCAUCCGAUGACUUGAUAGCUAGCUUUUAUGGUCACUUAUUUGUUUUGAACAUAAUUCACUGGUGAUCAUAGGCUUAUGUAUGUUGCUGUCUCAUUUGUAGUGUGCAUCUUUGGCCAUAGGGAGGCAGUGUCUACUGUCAUUACUAUCUACUGCAGGGAGAUUUGUGAUUUGUGAAGCAAAGAUGAACACUUUUACUCCAAGCACAUUCAUGCUGUGAUUAUGUUCCUAUUGAGAAGCAUUUAACAAUUUCACUCUGUUUAGGUUCAUGUUGUUUAGGUUCACACUGUUUAGGUUCAUGUUGUUUAGGUUCACACUGUUUAGGUUCACGUUGUUUAGGUUCACACUGUUUAGGUUCACGCUGUUUAGGUUCACACUGUUUAGGUUCACGCUGUUUAGGUUCACACUGUUUAGGUUCACGCUGUUUAGGUUCACACUGUUUAGGUUCACGCUGUUUAGGUUCACACUGUUUAGGUUCACACUGUUUAGGUUCACGCUGUUUAGGUUCACACUGUUUAGGUUCACGCUGUUUAGGUUCACGCUGUUUAGGUUCACGCUGUUUAGGUUCACACUGUUUAGGUUCACGCUGUUUAGGUUCACACUGUUUAGGUUCACGCUGUUUAGGUUCACACUGUUUAGGUUCACGCUGUUUAGGUUCACACUGUUUAGGUUCACACUGUUUAGGUUCACACUGUUUAGGUUCACGCUGUUUAGGUUCACGCUGUUUAGGUUCACGCUGUUUAGGUUCACACUGUUUAGGUUCACGCUGUUUAGGUUCACACUGUUUAGGGUCACGCUGUUUAGGUUCACGUUAUUUAGGUUCACACUGUUUAGGUUCACUCUGUUUAGGUUCACGUUGUUUAGGUUCACACUGUUUAGGUUUACACUGUUUAGGUUCAGACUGUUUAGGUUCACUCUGUUUAGGUCCACGUUGUUUAGGUUCACACUGUUUAGGUUCACACUGUUUCAAACGUAAUUUUUUCAAACAAUAAACUAAACUUUCUGCCACAUGCAUCUUUCAACAAUGUGAUCCUACUCACACUAAUACAGACACAUAUACAGGUUUAGUGAGCCAUGGCCACUGCGAACACAAAGGACAUUCAUGCAUGGGUGCAUGAGUGACUGUGUGUCGGUGAAGAUAAGGCUAUUUUUAGGUUAGACCCUGUUGCUACAGUAUGUCUCAAUCAGCACCCUGGGGUGAUGUUAUGCUAAAGCUCCUCUACCACAUUCUCAAUCCGCCUCAAACACAGUCCUGUAUUCACCAAAUAAAUCCGAUAAAAUCAAAUUGUAUUAGUCACGUACACAUAUUUAGCAUAUAAUGUGUGUGUAGUGAAAUGUGUGUGUUCCUAGCUCAGUGCAGUAGUAUUUAACAAUACACAACAAUAGACACAAAUCUAAAAGAUAUAUAUAUAUAUAUACUCCGGACCUCGAGAUUGCUCAUCCUAACUUUUCUAUAUUUCUUAAUUCCAUUCAUUUACUUAAUUUUUUUAGAUUUGUGUCUAUUGUUGUGUAUUGUAUAUCUGUAGAAUAUGUAGGACAAAAUAGUAUAUGUACAGCAAUAGUUUAAUAAGAUGGCCUUGACUAGAAUACAGUAUAUACAUAUGAAGUGGGUAAAACAUUAUGUAAACAUUAUUAAAGUGACCAGUGUUCCAUUAUUAAAGUUACCCGUGUUCCAUUAUUAAAGUGACCAGCGUUCCAUU